CAGUUUAAGUUUAUGACAAAAGAAAAUUCGUCAUAAAAACAUGACCGCACAAGCAAGCGUCAAAUCAUACGUUAGAAAUACGUGAUCGUCAAUUAGCCUCACGUAAACGAAGUGGUAUAGCAGGGUUGCUCUCGUCGGCAACAUGUUUCAUAAAUAUAUCCUGAACUCGACUGAAAUUGUGUGACACUCUUAGUGAAGUUCUGCAUAGUUUUUUUUCACCGCCUUGACGGAGUAAAUCAUCUAGUGUAUCUCUUCCAUCUGCACAUCAUCACUAAGACGUUAUUGCACGUUUUAGGUGGUGGGUCUACGAGGGAAUAUCCACGUGGCAUUUUUGCUAUGGGCCCGACCAGUCCCCACAGGUGACAGCCCAGCCACCAGGUGCUUGCCUGAGAGCCCAUUUACCUGGGGUUGGCUACAGCGUGAGGCCACGUUGCCACAUUCUGGUGAGAGACACAAUAAAUAACAAUGACAUUGAACGUGCUCGGUCUGGUGGUGAUGGCGGCGUUCUAUCUGCUAAUCUUGGGAACGGGCAUCUACGCAUCCGUGCGCUCCAGGAAGGAGGAAAAAAAGUGGUCGGGAGACGGAAUAGAGAUCACGCUACUGGCUGGACGUAAACUCAACUUGCUAGUGGGCGUCUUCACUCUUACAGCCACGUGGGUAGGAGGAGGCUUUAUCCUUGGUAUCGCUGAAGCAACAUACAACCCGACAUUAGGAGCCGUGUGGGCUCUCAUGCCAGUGCCGUAUGUCCUUACGUUCUUCUUAGGUGGCUUUUUCUUUGCAAAGCCCAUGAGAAAAAACAAGUAUGUGACAAUGAUGGAUCCUUUUCAGCAGAAGUACGGGAACGUGCUGGCCACUGCUCUGAUUUUUCCGGCACUAAUCGCUGAUGUGCUAUGGGUGGCACGCACACUCGUCAGCCUGGGUGGAACUAUGAGUGUGAUCCUGGACCUUUCUUACAUCUACUCCAUCAUCAUCUCCUCAUUGGUGGCCAUUGUCUACACGCUCCUGGGGGGGCUCUACUCUGUGGCUUACACGGAUGUCAUCCAGCUCACCCUCAUAUUUGUCAGCCUGUGGGUGUGUGUCCCUUUCCUAUUGGCCACCCCGCACUCUUUGGACAUUUCACUGACCGCCUACAAUCAGGGCUUCCAGGCUCCUUGGAUUGGCAAGGUGGAGUAUAAUGAAGCCGGCAAGUGGUUUGACGACUUCAUGGUGCUGGCUUGUGGUGGUUUGGCUUACCAAGCGUUCUACCAAAGGAUACUGGCCGCCUCAUCUUACACCCAGGCUCAAAUGACCUGCUUUAUUUCAGCUGCCUUUUGCCUGGUGCUGGGUGUCCCCUCUAUAUUGUUCGGAGCGGUUGCCGCGUCUACUGACUGGAACGCAACAAGCUAUGGACUACCAACUCCAUAUCAGCGUGGCGAGGCAGGUUCCAUCCUCCCCAUUGCCCUGCAGUACCUCACUCCCAACUAUGUGUCCAUCAUUGGUAUUGGAGCUGUAGCUGCUGCUGUCAUGUCCUCCAUGGACUCUGCCCUGCUGUCCGCUGCGUCGUUGUUCUCCUCCAACAUCUACAAGAACAUUCUCAGAAAGCAGGCAUCAGACCGUGAGAUGCAGUGGGUUAUUCGUAUCUCGGUGGUGGCUGUGGGUCUGGCUGGUACUGGCCUCACCUUCCUGGACAGCAGUGUUCUGGUCUUCUGGCUUGUGGGUGUGGACAUGUCCUUCACCAUCAUGUUCCCUCAGCUGGUUUGCAUCCUUUUCUUCAAGGUGUCCAAUGGCUACGGUGCUAGUUUGGGCUUCUUAGUGGGAAUCAUUAUGAGAGGUCUAAGUGGAGAGCCACUCAUCGGCUUGCCACCUGUCAUCUUCUACCCCGGCAUCCGGAAAAAUGCAGAGGGCACACUUACCCAAUACUUCCCCUUCCGCACUACUAUCAUGGUCACCUCGCUGCUGUCCAUCCUGCUGAUCUCCUGGCUGAUGAGUGUCAUUUUUGACAAAGGCCUGUUGUCUGAGAAGUGGGAUUUUUAUAAGAUCAAAAGCCAGCAGAACAUCUCCGAAGACAAGAGGACCCGUGGAAACAAAGUAAAGGUAUCCAUGUUCAAGCAGCUACUGGACACCACCAGCGGCAGACGGGCCUAAGAAGUAAAUAAAUGGGUCCGGACAGGAGGCAGACAUGCUCAUCUGCCCAACAAGAGCACCCUAACAUCAGUUAACUCCUAGAAAAAAUAAUGAUCAAAGUCGUCAAUGUCUUUGUAUUUGAACUAUCCAUGAACACAAAAUGUUAUGUGACUGAUUUAGAACACUGAAAAAAUGAUGAGCCUUGUUAUAAUCCGUAUCACACAGACUUGGCUCAGCCAUUUAAAUUCCUUUCCAUUUGGGAACGAAAGUGUUAUCUUCUUGUUUCAUGUUCCUGCUUUGGUCAUGUUCCAGUUUUCCUUGCGUGAAUAAAUA